AUGUCCUUAGUAAUUCUCCUUUCCUGCUUGGCGUUUCUCCAAUCCACAGAAUCCUGCAAAACCCAUUGCCAGGAUGCUAAUAAAGACAGGGUGCAGGUAACUGGCAGAACACAAGAUUGUCAAGUCCCUUGUAUUGAAAAUUCCCACUGCUCUCAGGCCUGUUCUUUAGGGCUGGAAGGGAACAUAGGGUUUCUAUGCAGGAAUAAAGAAUGGCGGAAAUCCACAGAUUCUUGCAGAACACUUAAUGUCCUCACCAUUUUUGAGGACCCACAAAAGGUAAUCCCCAACAUCUUUGCAGCUACGCCUUCAAAAAUAGGAAAACAUGAAACGAUUACAGAUGUUUUGAUGCAGAGAUGUCCAGAGGAUUUAUCUUGCAUACUUAAAGGCAUUCAAAGGUCUCCACAAAUGCCAGGAAACAUUGAGGUCAUCGUGGAGCUGUUGCGUAAUAUUUCAAGAGUGUUGUCUGAAGAUGUUGAUGUAGUUAAAAUACAGAGCUACAGCAUCAUAGCAAAUCACAUCCUCGACAGUAGAAGCAUCUCAUACUGGGCCUUUGUCCCUGAAAGAAGCAGCAGCUCUAUCCUGUUGCAGUCAAUGGUUUCAUUUAUGAGGAAUCUCUUCCUUCGUGAGCGUUCCCUUGACAUCUCAGAAGAAUUCAUUCACAUCCUGGGCAUCAGCAUAUCGAAAGACAGCCCCCAAGAGAGUUUGAGUUUUUCUAUGAAGGUGAAUGAAACUGAGAACGAAGUCUCCGGGAUAGUGCUUCUCCCCCAGGAAGAGCUUCAGCAGCUGCCCUCGCCUUCCCAAGCUAUCAGCAUCGCCUUCCCCACACUAGGGGCCAUCCUGGAAGCCAGCUUCUUUGAGAAUGUCACUGUGAACGGGCUCAUCCUGUCUGUCAUCUUGCCCAAGGAGCUCCAAAGGAUCUCACUGGUUUUUGAGAAGAUCACCAAAUCUAGAGGCAGAACACAGUGUGUUGGCUGGCAUCCGACAGAGAAUAAGUGGGAUGAGGAAGCCUGUGAGAUGGCCCUGGACAGCACGGACCAGACUCUUUGUAGUUGUCAAUCAAGCAAGAAAUUUACGUCUUUCUCAAUUCUUAUGUCGCCCCACGUCCCUGAGAGCCCAGUUCUGCUUUACAUCAUGUAUAUUGGCCUGGGAAUCUCAAUGGGUAGUUUAAUUCUUUGCCUGAUCGCUGAGGCCAUGGUCUGGCGCCAGGUAACAAAGACAGAGAUCUCAUACUUACGCCACAUUUGCAUUGUGAAUAUUGCUGCCACACUUCUGAUGGCGGAUGUGGGCUUCGUGGUAGCUUCCUUCUUUAGCAAUCUAGUGCGGUACCACAAUGGCUGUGUGGCUGUUACCUUUUUUAUUCACUUCUUUUACCUCUCUGUUUUCUUCUGGAUGCUCAUGAUGGCCCUCCUCAUCCUCUAUGGAAUCGUCAUCGUUUUUCAUACUGUCCCAAAGUCUACCGUAAUGAUUUCUGCCUUCUCAGUAGGAUACGGGUGCCCAUUGAUCAUUGCUGUCAUUACGGUUGCUGUCACCGAACCCGGCCGAGGCUACGUGCGACCCAUGAUCUGUUGGCUCAACUGGGAUAACACUAAAGCCCUUCUUGCCUUUGUCGUCCCAGCCCUGGCCAUCGUGGUGGUGAACUUGAUCACGGUAGGAAUAGUCAUAGCAAAGACUCGGCGACCUUCCAUUGGCAGCCCCAUAGCUCAAGAAAUGGCUGCCAUAGUGAGAAUAAGUAAGAAUGUUGCCAUCCUCACACCGUUGCUGGGACUGACCUGGGGCUUUGGAAUAGCCAUAGUCAUAGAAAAGAAUUCCCUGGCAUUCCACAUCAUCUUCUCACUACUUAAUGCUUUCCAGGGUUUCUUUAUCUUAGUGUUUGGAACAUUCCUGGAUCAGAAGAUAAGAGAUGCCUUAAAGGUCAGAAUGUCCUCUGUAAAAUGGCUGUCCAGACUAUCAGAGCAUAUUUCUUUUGAAUCGUCACAUCAUCCCACCAAAGGGUCACACUAA